UAUUUGUUCCUCGGUAAAAAAAGGAAACGUCACAGAAGGGCUCAUCAAGUAUCUGGUCCUCCUUCCUUAGAGGAACAAGUCCUUGAUCGUGUGACACAGCAGGAUGGUCCACAUGAAUAUACCUUAGUAAAGAAACGCAGACAACCAAGAUCUGUUUCAACGGGAACGAAGAGUCCAAAAAAACAGGGCGUUGGUCGCUCUGUCGUUCGACGUACCAUUAUUGAUAUUCAUUUAGAAAUCUUAGACGAAUGUCAAAGGGAAGAUUUGCAUUCGACGAAGGAAGAGUUUUUUGAAAUUUUGGUUCAAGAAUUUAUGGGAAGCAAAUUUAUAGAAGAAGAAAAUGUUCCUAAGGAACAAGUUUCUAUGGUUGAUGUUUCUAAGGAACAGGAUCAAAUGUGGAGGGAUGUAGGGAACAGGGUUGAUCCACUAGUAGAUGCAAUAUCUAAGGCGGACACGAAGGCGGACAGUUAUUGCAAUGACGAUAGAUGGAACAAUAAUGUAGUGACUUUUGCAGAAAGGGAAGUGUGCAAGUUCAUUGCUAGGGGACUGCAUCAUAUAUAUAGCACUCAGACAGGCGACGGACGGACGGACGAUAGGGCCAAGAAUGACCAAAGAUUUAAAAGAACUAUGGAAUGUGUUCUACUGAACGAUUAUGUGGAUAAAUUAAAAGAAAAAGCGAAGAAGAAAGGGAAUUGUGAUGUUGAGAGAGGCAUUAAUGAAGCCUUUAAGAAAAGAAAAUUGACAGGUCUGUCUGAAAAAAUAGCAGGGGGUGACCGGGAGGUCCAUACUUUGUGCGAGAAAAUUGAUGGGAAGAACACUACACUGAGUAAAGCACAAAAGGAAGCUUGUAAUUAUAUUGUUCGAGGAUUAAAAUAUAUAUAUGGUGUCCGAAGUGGAGGUAGUAGUAUGGAUAGGAAUACCAGAAUAUUUAAGCAAACCAUGUACUGCGUAUUCCUGAAUGCUUAUGCGGACAAAUUGAAAGAAAAGAAUCCUACUUGUAUCACGGAAGAUACCAUAAAAGAAGCAUUUAAGAAAGGAAAUACAAAGAAGGAGGUAUGGUGUUUGGAUAAGCAGAAUGGUAAUUGUGCAGUGUGUGAACGGGAGGAAAACUAUGGAACUUGUAAAUUGGACAUAAAUAAAAGUCUCUGGAAGCCAGAAAUGUGCGAGAUAGACAAAGAUGAUGUAAAGAAAAAAGUGGAUGGGCUGCUCAACAGUGAUGGUAAAAUAAAGACAACUCUAAAUACUAUAACGGAGGACGUUGGACGUGUAUUGAGGAGUCUGUCCACUGCUAUGACUAAUAAUAACGAGAAAAUGGACCUAUAUUGCAAUACAAUUGGAGGGCCAGAUAGUGCAGAAAAAAAGGCAUGUCAAUAUAUUACUAGGGGGUUAGAGCAUGUAUAUAAUUCUCAGGAAACUGGGACUUGGAGGGAUAAAGAUGCUGCGAAAAAAAAGAAGAACAACCAACAAUUUGAUCGAACUAUGGGAUGCGCUUUCCUGAAUGUGUACGCUGAUAGAAUAAAAAAAACAUGUAAUGAAGCAAAGGAGGGCAUAGACCAUGCCUUUGAAAAAAGUGAAGAAAUUAAGAAAGAAACAUCUCCAUGUAAUAAAGAUAAUAAUUGUGUUACUUGCAAGAGGGAAGAAAAUUUUGGUUGCACGCUACACGUGAAGGAUGAUCUGCUGAAUAUGGGAGCAAGCGCACGUUGCGAAGGGGACAGACAAAAUAUACAGAAUAAGUUGGGUAAAAUGCUGGAUCUAACGACGAACAAGGAUCCACAAUAUUUCUUCCUCGGUAAAAAAAGAAGACGUCAUAGAAGAGAGGAACAGUUAAUCUCUCCCCCCUCAGAAGAAAAACUCCUUGAUCAUGUGGACGACCAGGCAGAUGGUCCACAUGCAUAUACCUUAGUAAAGGAACGCAGACAACAAAGAUCAACACCACAAAGAGGAAGAAAAAAACGGGCUCAUAGGCGUGGUAGUGGUGGUGGUGUACGUCGCCGCACGAUUAUUGAUAUUCAUUUACAAGUGUUGGACGAAUAUCAAAAAGGGGAUCUUCAUUCGACGAAGGAAGACUUUCUACAAAUUAUUGUUCAUGAAUUUAUGGGAAGGAACUUUGUAAAAGGAGAAAAUGUUCCUAAGGAACAAGUUCCUCUCAUAAAUAUUCCUGAGGAACAGGUUCAAUGUUUAGAUUCCGGGUUUAGGGAGGAAGACUUUGUUCCUGACGAAGGAUGUUCCAAGUUCAGAUUCCGGGUUUAG